AUGGCGCAGCGUUCAGCGAUCUCCCGUAAGUCUUUGAGUAAACUUAUCAGCAACGGCCAAACCCCGCCGGCACCGGCAGCGCGAACACAGCCGAAAGGAAGCAAAAGGCAUAGGGUUAGAGACAGCAUCAGUACGUUCAUGAAGCUGGGAAGAAAGAGUGAAAGCGAUAAAAGUUCUUCUGGUUGGAAGCGUCCAAUAAUAAGUGGACCAAUCCCUAUCGAUGGGAUAGAGUUGCAAGAGUUUUCAAUUUCUAGCUCCCCUUCAAGUAUUACAUUGAUUCCUAUUCGGGAAAAGCAGAUUGUUUCACAUGUCGUUAAGGAUGACAUUAAAAUUCCUUCUAGCCCCAUCAUCAAGGAUUAUAUUGAAGCUUCUUUUAGUCCCGCCGUUAAGGAUGACAUCAAGGCUACUUUAAGCCCCGUCGUUGAGAGUAUGAAAGCCAUGUUUCCUCCAGGACAGGGUCGAAGGAGCCCAGAGAAUUCUUUAAGAUUCAUCAUUGAGAAUGAGAAAGACACAUACACAUCUCAUGGGGCAAAGAAGAAUAUGAGGCUGCUAGAUGCUACUUUGCACCCCAUGAUUAAGAGUAAGAAGGCCACUUCUCAUGAAGCAAAGAAGAGAAGGAGAGAACUAAAAGUCACUUUGCGCCCUAUGGUUAAGAACAAGAAGGCCGAUUCUCAUGCUGCAAAGAAGAGUAGAAGGCAGCUAAACGCUCUCCUGCGUGAAGCUGAGGGUAAGGAAAAAGAGAUCCCUUCUAGCUUCGUCCCUCCCUCAGUCAAGAAACUGGAGCCUCCUUCUAUUGUGAUUACCAGGGCUCCAGAGCCACGAGUUUCCGUCCAAACCGUAAGUCCUGAUGCUUCUCCAGCUCCUCUGGUUGAAAAUCAGAUUUGUCAAGAACAAAGUGUUCGACCUUUACAGGCUUAUCGAGAAGACGGUUCUCUGAUCACUCAGGAAAACUUCGACGUGAUGGAGUUGGUUGGCAUGGUGAGGGAUGAGUGCCCCAAGCAAAAUCCCCCCAUCCCCCGCGAGCAGCGCUACCCCACCAAAGAAGAAAUCAUCGAAGAUAUCAAGAAUGGACACGAUAUUCCCGAAUUCAUGACUGUCGAGGUUGCCUACGAGAAGAGGUACAAGGAUGCGAUCUCGGUGCUCUGCGAGGAACUUAAAGAGGUCAGGCACAUGUUAGUUAAAAAGCAGGAGGAAGUGAAUAACUUUCUCGAUGCUCUGGGCGUCUUUGUGGAUAAAGCUGGUGGGAGUGAGAUUUAUGAAAGUGUAAGUGAUGGAAGCAGCUAUAUCACGACCGAUGAUACCGACGAGGAGGCCGCUGGGGAUACCAACGGGAACAGCGAUGGGGUCGCUUCUGUCCGCGAAAAUGUCGAGAGGGACGACAAAGGCGCUAUUAUGAAAGAUGACUCCUCCGAGGAUGUCGAUUACUGUGCUUUGUAUGGCUACAUUGGUUAUGAUGAUGACCUUGACGAGUCUUUACCCGCAUGUGACGCUGACGACGAGAAGGACGAGGUGGAGGAAGAGGAGGAGGGGGAAGAGGAGGAAGAGAAGGGGGAAGAGGAGGAGGAGGAGAAGGAAGAAGAAGCUGAUGAUGAGAAUGAGGGGGAAGGGGGGGAGGAGGAGGAGGAAGGGGAGGAAAAAGAGAAGGAUGGGAGUGCGGGGGAGGAGGAGAAGAAGGAGAAGGAGAAGGAGGAAGAAGAAGAAGAGCACGACAAGAAGCAGGAGCACAGGAAAAUCUCUAUCAAUGAGCCUUCCAGCUCCGGCCAUAUGAUACUUUGA